GUCAUGUGGUUGGAAACGCGCAUGCGCAGUCCUUCCAAUUGGCUUGUUCCUGUUCAGUUUAGCGGAAUCUGCUUUUCGUGGCUGAGGAAUAAGAACGAGCUAAAUGCGCUGGUUUGGUUUUGGCUUCAAUGCCUUUGCUCAAAUAUGUGUCCAGGAGAAGUCCGAUAAAGAAGGUAGCAGUAGCGCAGCGGGGGGAGUUAAAGUAAACGUUCCCAUAGAGCUGAAGAACCAUGUGGGCAGAAGUAAAAUCAGGGCAAGCUGGAGUCGGAAAGCAUCUUUGUUUUUAGAUGAGGAAAAGUCUGUCCGCCUGGCUGGUUUCUGUGCAUUCAGCUCCAAUGAGUCUUUCAGUCCAGUUAUGGUGGACACCCGUGGGUGUAGAGAUGCAAUAAUCAGUGAAACGCACCUUACCCUUGCUUUUCCAGACAGAAUUGAAUGCUGGGAUCUGCAGAGCAAGGAAAAGGUUCCAUCAUGGAGCAUGGAGAUAUUAACUCAGUCGCAGAACUCUGAUGUGAAUUUGCCAUUGGUACCAGGAGGAUACAUAUCACCUAAAACACCAAUUUUCCACUCCUUGUCUUCUCAUCUACAAGCCAAGAGCCUUGCACUGGGUGGAGAGCAUGCCAUCCUUCUGACUGCUGCUGGAGCUGUUUAUACCUGGGGUCAGGGCAGCCACGGAGAGUUGGGGCAUGGAGGACUCAUCCCCGAGGAGGAGCCCAGGACUGUGGAAGCUCUGUGGGGGAUGUCUAUGAGAUCUGUGGCUGCAGGAGGUUGGCACUCUGUCUGCGUUGGUGAUGGCGGUGACCUGUAUGUGUGGGGCUGGAAUGAAAGCGGUCAACUUGGACUUCCAUCACGAGGUCUGAGGAAGGCCUCACAACAGAAAAGUGAACCACAAGCAGGAGAACUAUGCGGCAGUGUCAGCGCUUGUCUUGGUGAAGAGCGACAUGAAGAAGUGUACAUUUCAAUCCAGGCAUUCCCAGCUCUGGUAGAUGUUAGUCCAUCAUGUGAGAUCAGGACAGUCAGCUGUGGCUCCCGGCACACAGCUGCAGUAACAACAACAGGCUGUCUUUACACUUGGGGAUGGGGAGAAUAUGGCCAACUUGGACACCAAACAACUACCAAUUUAGAUGAACCUAAAUGUGUGGAGUUUUUCAGGAAUGAGAACCUGCAUGUUGUUGAUGUGGUUUGUGGGCCAUGGAACACAUUUACCGCAGCUGUCAAGAAGGAAGUACUUGCCACAUAAAAUGUCCCAGAAUUACCCCUGUGAGCACUGGCAGUGAACUUCAGACUACAUACAAGGAAAUAUCAACAAAUACUUAAACUUUUAUGAUUAAAUAUGUUUUGUAAUA